UUCUGGACUGAUCAAGCGUUAUUCAAAAGGAAAAAAUAGAUUUUUUCAGUACUACAACAACGCAUCCCCAACCCUACUGACUCUUCAGACAUAUAUGACUAUGGCGGGAUCCGGUUCGACCAGAGGCACCGUAUGCGGCAUCGAGAAUUGCCGCUCAAGGCGAUACGAAGAGGGCGAGGAUGGCUACCUUUAUUGUGAAAAUGGCCAUCGCAAGGGCGAGCUGCUUGCCGGAUCGGAUGAUGAGAUGUUCGAGUCUGCCGCAAGGACUCGAACGAGAAAGAGGGUCGACAAGGAUGAUAAGAGCGCAUCAAAAUAUCUCAAAGGAGCUCAAGCUUUGUCCAUGCACCUCAAGUGCCUACAAUUAAUACUACGACGUCAGGUUUGGUUUCUCGUCCAUGAAAGAGGUCUACCAGAAGAGCUCGAGGCAAUUGUUCAUGAUCUAUGGGCAUUGCGAAUUAUGGGUUUAGAAAGCAAAAUCACGGAGCAAAAGCAGGAAUUCGAUUCAUCACAGGCUGCUGCGGCUUCUGAUACGGGUACCGAGACUGAUAGAGGGCCCUCAAAAUCACCCUCACAUGUGCUCCAGGACACACCAAAUCUUGUCGAUUGCCUUGCACUGUGCUAUCUGGGCAUCCGGACGCUUCGUUUGCCGAUAACGCCAGGCGAUAUCCACGCAUGGACAACAAACAUGAAGAUGCCGUAUCGAGGAGCGAUUAAGCUAUUGGAAAUCGACAUGAGGGACCAGUUGCCAGGUACUUAUCGCGACGUACUGGAUCCAAACUCGCUCCUAUCAUUCAAGACCUUAUAUUCUUCACUCAUUAGUAUACAAGCAGCAUUCGAAGAUGAAUACGGGAUUGAAUGGCCUCCUCUCAACGUCCCAGUAAUUCUCUUCCGCUUCAUGAAAGAGCUAGCAUUGCCGUUGGAAAUUUACCCUGCGACACGUCGACUGGCGACGCUGCUUCAAUACGAUUUCACGUGCAACUCCCAGAAAAGAAAGAUUGUAAGCGUGGAGCACUUGCCAGAAGCCCAUCUCAUCGGAUGUCUCGUCGUUUGCGUGAAGCUCCUCUAUCCUUUUGAUGGAGCGCGCCGGUACCCGACAUCAAUCGAUGAGCCCGCAACAAUGAAACUGGAUUGGAACCAGCGGGCCUCAAUAAUGCGCAAGUCAAAGCAACCAACGGAAAACUCUGAGAAUAAAUAUAUCGCCGAGGAGCUGAUAAAUCUACGCCCAGAAGACGUUCCCUUCAUGAAUGGUGAUCAGAUCGAUCAGUACCUGGCCUUCUAUCAGGAAAAUUUCGUGGAUGAGCCGUACAUUAAUGCAGAAGGCAAAAGCAGCGACUUCCAGCGUGCCAUGCACGACAUGUUCCCGAUCCAGAGUAAUAAGCCAUCUCAACCAAUCCAAGAACUACCUGAGUCGCACAUGCAAAGAAGUUGGGAAAUCGUGCAAUCAGUGCAAAGUAUUCUCGAACCGCAGACGGUAAUCGCAGAAGAUGACGGUCAGGGUAUUCGGCGUCCCGGGCGAGACUACGUCGCUUACAAGAAAGAGAGUGACCUACCCGAAAACGCUCAGGCGUUCUACGAGGAGGCAGCGAGGAUAGCGGGGUUCAGUUUGGAGAUGCUGGUUUCGGUGGUAUUCUCUACCGAGAGCAGGAUUCGAAGAUGGAAGAAACAACAGCAAGGUAGUGUGGCUUGA